CCCCCACUGAAGUUAUAUCAGCGGCAGCAGCGGCCGUCCUACACGCAUUGGGCUGUCUCUGGUCAGAAGUGGCAGCAUAAACGUGUCUCGGAACCUCUACAUCCACAUAGAUAUUACCAUACUACAAAAAAAUAGCAUCUACAGUGGCUGUGAUCAUCACAACUGGUGUAAGGCGGCCAAAACUUGCCCAGCCUACGCAUGUGGGGCCACCGGGGGUUACAGGUGGUCAGCAACGCCCCUUAUUCGGUCUGCUCUAAACUUUGUUACUUCACCACCACUGACGAUCUAGUCGCGGCUUCGAAGACCAUCGGAUAGAGUUCCCCACCAUGAAGCGAGCAGUGGGGACGGAAGUGUCCUUGGUACUGAUGCUGGCUGUCUCCGUGUCUCUCAUCGCGGCUGCACCAAGGGAGGUUCCAUCGUCCAGAGCCGGACACCUUCGCAGCAAAAGGUCCCUUUCAUCAGUAGAUGACUCUGGGGCAGAGGAACAGGAGCAUCUAUCGACGACACCGGACCACCGAGUCGUCAGGCGUGCCCUACAUGACGCGUUGCCGGGUGACCUGCAGGAUGCCCUCCAAGCAGCAGCAGCUGAAGACGCCCCUGAGGACGUGAAGGACAAACGGUUUCUCCCGGCCAUCGCGGGACUUGCUGGGAAGCUUCUCUCAUCGGGAGUUCCUGCUAAGGCCGGAGGUUUGUUAGAAAAAGCGGGAGAAUUGGGAGCAAACCUGGCGGGUGUGCAGGACCUGAUUGGGGUACUGGGCGACGUGAAGAACAUGGUACCGGACUUCAUGGCCCAAGGUGCAGAGAGGGAAGCAGAGGUCGAGGCAGAAGUGGAAAAGGAGGUGGCAAGGGAAACGGUCGAGAAAGUACUUGGAGAAGAGAGAAACAGAGACAAUGACGAAAAGAAUGAUGGCGGUGAUAAUGGAGAGCAUGAGGUUAAGGCUGAUAUCGAGUUCGAUCCAGAGAAGGGUAUGGUCGUGUCAAACAUGUUCGCUCCACCAGGGAUGCACAUGAAAUUAGACGUUCAGGAAGAUCCUAAGAAGCAGACAGAACCGGAUCAGAGCUCCCAACCGAUGUCGUUCUCCUACCCGAUGGGGAUGGGGCCGGCCCUGAUGAACGGCUGCUUCGGGACAGGCUACAAGGCCGGGGAUCCGUGCUUCAACAAGAAGGACCUCAUCCCGGCCUGCUUCAACAUGAUGGAAGGGUGCGGCUACAUCGGGGUCGGCUUUGAUGGUCGCGGGGACUACAGCAGCGCAUCCAGGAAGAAAUCAGUCGUGCAGAGGAACUGCAAAAACCUGGCCACGUAUCACGACGAAGACGUGCCGGACAACAUGAACGUUCACGGCAUCUUUGACACAGAAGUCGGCUCCUACGUCUUUGAGUCGAGAUCGUCUUAUCGCCAUUACAUUCAGUCGAAGGCUGGGAUGUCAUUUUCUUCAUUUGCCCUCAAGACCGCCGUUGACACCGUGUACGGCAGUAAGGCAUCAGCUAGCAAACAACAGUUCAUGUGCCUUAUCCAGUGCAACGUGGUAAGGUAUGAGAUCUUCCUGGAUGAGAUCUCUCCAGACACCCUGAGCCUGGCCUUCCUGCGGGACUUCUUGUCCCUUCCCUUCAACUUCGUCAUGGGGAAAGCAAAACUUCAAAAGUUCAUCCUCCGCUAUGGAACUCAUUUCAUCAAGUCGGCAAAGUUCGGAGGUUCUUUCAGGCUUUUCAAGACUCAAGAGGCCUCCAAGGUCUCAAGUUUUCAGGAAUUCUCCGUGAAAUCCGAAGCUUCUUUCAACGCAAUAUUUGCCAACGCCAAAGCUGAAUUCGGACUGGAAUCGUCGAGCGGAUCAUCCCAGUCUUCUAAGGCGUCCGGCACCCGCGUGACAGUUGAAGGAGGCGACCAUGAAGUUGCAUCCAUCGUAGCUGACUUCUACUCGACCAGCUUCAAAGACGCCUUCUCCGAGUGGCUCAAGUCCAUCCCCAAAUUCCCCAAACCCAUCGAGAUGUUCAUGGGCACCAUGCCUGAGCUGCUGGACAUGAACUACAAACUUCUGUUCCCCUUUGACAUCAAAGAUGCUGCAGACGGUUGCUUCAGCAAAACCCUGAAGACAGAGGAAGGCACGGGGAGGAAGUACUACGAGGUCAGCAAGCUGGUGAACAGCAGCCAAGGAGUGGCGGAAACUGUCAAUGAAAAACGGUAUUGUGAAUUCACGUCUGCUGAGAAGUUCGAAGAAGCCAUGGACAAGAAACGCCUCGCUCUGGAAAGGGCAAUCGCUGUCUACAUGGAGGAGGGCCCGGUCCCCACCACAGACUUCCACCUGAAGGGCGGCAAACCCGGAUGUGUGACUCAAGCCUUGAAGAUACACGGAGGGGCUAGUGGAGUUACCCACCCUACAUGGCUGGAACUCAUCAACGGAGACACCUACAAGGUCAUUUUUGAUAUUCCUGAAAACAUCAACAGCGACAUAACAAUGGGCACAGAAGUCUUCCUGGUUUUUUCAGAAAACAGAUGGAAUUGUCACGCGCCCGGGACCGAAGUUCAUAUGUACAAUAGUUAUGCAAAUGGUGGAAGUGGCGACACCGGAAACAAAAAGGUCUCCUGCUUUGGUUUUGUGAUGACGUAUGAUGAAGAAACGGGCAAGUUUACGGUCACAGCUGAGGAUCGAGCUGCUUCCGUACAGGUAAUACUGCUGUUCCUGACUUGUCCCAACUCACCCCCUUCCGUACAGGAAAUACUGCUGUUCCACUUGUCCCACAUCACCCCCUUUCCGUUCAGGUAAUACUGCUUUUUCACU